AUGGCCUCCCAUCAAGAGCGCACACUGCCCUCUAAGCACAAUCCCCUCAUGACAGAGGAUGUCCCGGAUUACACGGAUUUGGUCGCGCGUAGACGUCUCGGACAAACCAAGCUGACACCUAAGAUGGCCGGCACUGGUGAAACUGAGCAGGCGGCUCUUGGUGUUUUCGAUUAUGCGCAUCUCCGAGCCCCCCUUCCCAAGGGCAUCGUUUCGGGCAUCUUCAAAUCGAGCCCUUCCAGCUACUUCUUGAUGCGACGCAGCUUUGACGGUUACGUCUCGGCGACAGGAAUGUUCAAGGCGAGCUUCCCUUACGCUGAAGCAUCCCACGAGGAGGCAGAGCGCAGGUACAUCAAGUCUCUUCCUACUACGAGCCCCGAGGAGACUGCCGGCAACAUCUGGAUCCCUCCGGAGCAGGCUCUCGUCCUCGCCGAGGAGUACAAGAUUGCUCCUUGGAUUCGCGCGCUUCUCGAUCCCGCCAAGAUCACCGUGACCACAACUCCAGACUCUUCUUCGCCCAAGAAGAGCAUUACCGCCCCUCCCAAGUUUGAUCUUGCUAAGGCGUCGCAUCCUGUGCUUGCACCUCCCACCCCCUCAACUAUUCCUCGAAGUACUCGAUCUCGUCGUUCUGCUAGUCCCACAAAGAGCACCAGGCGCGCCCCUGCCUCGCCUCGAAAGCGAAGCACCCGCGCCAAGGCCGAAACUGUGGAGACGAUCACCGAGAAGACUGAUCUCGUAAAUGGCGUGGCUGAGACCGAGGCGAAGGUCGAGGAGACCAAGCGUGAGGACAUUGUUCUGCAAUCGACCGAGUUUGAGCCAGCUAUCGUUCUGGAGCCCAGGGAAGAGGACCCCAAGGUCAAGGUGCACGUUGAGGAGGAUAUCGUCAAAGAUGAGGACGGUGUUGAGACUAAGCGCACGAUCACAGAAGUUGAGCUUCCUCUGCCCACAGCGGGUGAGCCUCCAACUGCCGAAGAGAUUGCCCAAAUGAUGGAAGCAGCUAAGGAGAUGGUCCAGAAGACCAAGGCUGACGAGGAACAAGACGAGGUCGAUGAGGCCCCAGGUUCAGCCAAGAAGAGCAAGCGAAAGGCUGCAGAUAUUUCUGUUGGCGACAAGGACAGCGAAGGGCUAGAAAAGAUACCAGAGCAUCCUAGGGCCAAGAAGGUGAAAACUGAGACGGAAUUAAGGAAAGAGAAGGUGAAGAACCGGGCGUUACUUGGCCUGGGUGCCACGGUUGCAGUUGGCGCGAUUGUUCCUUGGCUUAUGAACUUUAUCUAA